UAAGUUUGAUCCCUUAACUAAAUACCUACUUCUUAACAUAAAUUUAAACAAUUUAGGAUUGUCGUUACGAGUUUUACCAAUAUUAACCCCAAUUCUAAAUCUGAUCCAAUUCGAUUCAUCUCCCAAAAUGCCCUAUCUCGAUUACCCGGUAGAUCCGACCGAUUUUUAGAACCAUGUUUACAAAUCAAUUUCGCAAACUAUAAUAUGUGUGAUGUUUUAAUUCUGAUAUAAAUAUAAUAAAAUAAUAACUAUUUCCCUUCUCCACAUUCCUGAACGUCGGCUGAAGAGGACUCCCUAUCAAUACAACUUUUGUAUCAAUUGUACCAACUGAUCUUCUUAUUGGAGUGUAAUUAGUUAAUCAUUCAUACCAUAUGUGGAAGUUUGCAUCCAAAUGUCUUGCUGGCACUAGUGGCAUUAAAUUUAGAAAUGGCUUCAGAAAACUAACAGGUGUUCAAGAAUUGUCAGACGAUGAAGCUUCUUCCACAAUGAGUAAAGAUGAUGGCUUGGAAUGCCCUAUAUGCUGUGAAUCCUUCAACAUAGUCGAAAACAUACCUUAUGUUUUAUGGUGCGGUCAUUCACUUUGUAAAAACUGUGUCUUGGCUCUUCACUGGGCCAUUGUAAAGAUCCAUCCUUUACCAGUCCAACUACCCCUUCUAAUAUCUUGUCCCUGGUGCAACCUUUUAUCUCCUCGACUUGUAUAUAGAGGAAACCUCAAGUUUCCACGCAAGAAUUAUUUUCUUCUUUGGAUGGUUGAGAAAAUUAGCAGUGAUAAGCUCAAGUCUCAGUCUGAUUCUUUUGGUGACUGUGGAUCAUCUAAGUCUGAACUAAGUCCUGAUGAUAAUCAAAGUGCUCGAUCACCUGGGCCUGCCACCAUUCAUAGUCGUCUGGAAAGGGUACAAGGUUAUCUACGGAAGUCCCUGUUAUAUGCUGUCGAAUUAACAGCUAAGUUCCCGUUGGUCCUAAUCUUUCUCAUGAUAGUGUUGUAUGCAAUUCCUGCUAGUGCUGCAAUAUUGUUUUUGUACAUGCUGCUUACUGUUCUAUUUGCUCUCCCAUCCUUUUUAAUUCUGUAUUUUUCUUAUCCUAGUUUGGAUUGGCUGGUUAGAGAGAUCACUGCCUAGGGUUCAGUUAAUGGGAUGGUUUGGUCUUUAUUAGUUGGACGUGUGUGAUUACAUUUGAUACAAAUCGUUCUUGUAUAAUCUACUUUGUGUAUUUAUUUAGCUGCUAGUCUAGUAGGUUCGGGCUGUCUUUUGUUGCUCAUGGGGUCAUAUUGUAUGAGAUUGGUACCGCAAAGUUAUUCUAUUUCUUUGUGUGAACCUUUACCAUCUUAAUGCGACUUGUAAAUUAGGUAGAAUCCAAAGAUAUGAAUGGUGAUGUUCUUUUGAUAAUAUGGCAAUGGCCCCCAGGAUGGAUGAGUGGGAAUUCUUGCUCAUUCUACGUUUCUAUAUGUCACACUAUACAUAUAUUUGCCAAAUAUUUAUUAAAGUAAAGUUUCAAACAAAAUUGGUAGAAUUUUGAGUAUAUGUUAAUCAUUCUUGCGCUUUUGAAGUUAAAUUAUUAAAGGUAUUUCAGACAUUUCAAAACUUCAAAAAUUGAAGCAUCAAACAGAAGUUGUAGAAUCGUAACAACAGUUUACAUUGUUAUAAUCAGUUAUACUUAUGAUUAAAAUUUUUUAGCUGAAAUAUGUUUGUAACUACGUAUACAUAUAUUCGUUCUUACUAGCUCUCUUCGUUAGCUAUGACAGUUGGUAGUUUCUAAACGAUAACUCUUCUCAGCUUAUGUAUCUCUUAUGAAAAUUGUGAGCAAAACUGACUUAACAAUUGUCUUGACUUUGAUGCUUCUGCUAGCAUUGUCAAAUUGUAAUGCUCUACAUGUAUUUGAUCGUUCAUCAAGUAUUUCUUGUCGUUUAUGUACACAGAUGAAGUUCUUGAAGGUGAUGCUUGAAAAGGAAAUACACCAAGAAGAGUAACAGUAUAGGGUCUCAAUAUGACAAGAUUUCCAUUAAAGGCUUCAAGAUUCAAGUUUCAAUAGUAUGGGAGUUGACUCAAUUCUCGUUGAGCUGAUAUCUACCAGUCUACCUUGCCUAGUUUUCUUCACGGAUCAAGUUGGGUUUAAAUUCACAAGUCCAUUGUCACUUUUAAGUUUAUAAAAUGGUGCAACGAGGCUAUAAAACUUCUUUUACACUUUGCGGCACCUAAUAUAGGUGAUGUUAAUUAACAUAUGUUAUGAAAGGUUGUAUAACUUGCUAAUUAGUACUCGAUUAUUAGUCCUUGAAACAAGUAACCAGCAUUGGCAAACGACGCUCGAAGGGAGCACCAAUGGGAAUUUUGUGCAUGAUAUGUUCAUAUAAAACCAUAAAACUCUUCAUGUGACAAUAGAAGUAUGUUUAGAAACA